AUGUUGUCAGUCAACUUUUCCACUCCGCUCACUGGGCCUGCCCGGUCCGAGAGGAUUAAACAAAUGUCUAAUAACCACCCCGCAUACGAGAAAUCGCGUAUAACGCAGGAGAUCUUAGUCAAGAUACAGCACUCGCUGAGGCGAAUGCCUGGUGUUUCAGCAAAGGAAUCGGCCGAAAUCAUUCAAAGUCUAAUAGAAGUUGGCCAGGUCAUCAGUCAGGAAACGAGCGCACUCGUUGAAGCCGUGAUGAACCUUCAUCUCGAUCAAGAAGAUACAGAUAAGGCGAUUGCUAGGAUGAGCAUCGAAGCCAACCUUGCCAAGGCCAGAACGGAUGACCAGAGCCAGACAAUCAACAGCCUCCGCGAAGACCUCAAGGUCGAAAAGGAAAAAAGGGAACAGGCUGAGUCUACCCUCAAAAAUACGAUGGAGGGCAUCGCGGACAUCGCCGCCGAGUUUAAGCAGUUGAGAGACAAGGCUGACAGGCAGAAAACUGACUCUCUCGAUAACAAUUCACCAUCUGCUACCGGCGAUUUCAUCCUAAAGGCUCUCGAUAACACGAUCCAAAUUUUGGAAGACCAAGUCAAUAAGCAUCCUUUGCCUUGGGUUGGUCCUGUGACCCGAGCCAUCGAGCCUGUCACCGAAACUGGCCAGGUUAGAAAUGGCUAUCAUAGACCUCUGUUGCCUCUUCAGGAAGAGACUUCAGGAGACGGCAGCGUCUUCAAUGAUGCUCCGCCACCUCCCCGGGUUGCUUCGGCCUUUCAGCCCGUUCAUCGCCCUCCUCCUACGGGACCACCACCGCCAAAGUUUGGCCAGUUCCAGGGCAUGCCACCACGGCCUCCUACAGCCUUGUCUCAUGAGCGUCGAAGCGCCAACGCAUGGAAUCUAGUCGCUCCUAUCCAGGGUGGCAGGCCAGGCUCCUUCAACAAGCCCCAGCUCCCGGGCCCUCCUUAUGGCCGAGCUCCCUCUCGCCAAGGAUUCCAGAAUAAUCAUCGCUUUCGGAGUGAUAACUUCCCUCACUCUGCAUUUGCUCUGCCUGAGAACCCGCCUCCUAGGCCCAACAGCGCAUUUGCAUACGGCCGUGACUAUUUCCCUAACACCCCAACAGGUCCAGGCCGUGGCAGAUACGGCGGCCGCCUGCGCGAGAAUAAUGCACCGCCGCCCCCUGCACUAGAUUUCGGUGCCUCCUCAUCAAGCGGCUCAACUUCUGGGCCUCCUAGUACCGUCGUCAACCGCAGUCCUUACACUAGUCAGCCAAUCACCAUCACGGAACAAACCGUCCAGGCCUGGCAUGGGUAUAUGAUGCAUUUCUAUGCGGCGAUUCGCAACUUUGUCGAGCGUCAUGCUAACAAUCCCGAUGUCACGGGAGAGACGAAACUGAGCCAGACUCAUCUGUGGCCGAUCCUGCUCGCCACGUACUUUCCCCUGUCUGAGCAGGAGGCCGAAUCUUAUCUCGAGUAUCAUGUUCGCAGCGAGAACUCCAAAUCAUGCAUCGUCACUCGGGUCAUUAUAGAUUUCGUUGUGAACCGUGUCUGGAAUGCCAGCGCCUGGGCUGGCGCUGAUGCUGACUCUACAUUUGGUAUCAUGGAGAUAGAGAGAGACUUGGAUCGAACAGCAGGUCAACCAUCGGCUCUUCGCCAACCAAUCCUCGACCGCAUGGCCACCGUCAUCGACGCCGUCAUCAAGAAGGAGCAGGGCGGCCCCUUUGUGAAGAAUAAAAUCGAGGAAGCUACCCACACACUCCUCGCCAGCCUGCAACCCCUCAUGAACAAGUUCUACAACUCUGCCGAGGCCUUCCGUGACCUGGAGCAGGUCAUCGACAGCGCCUACGAGAUUUCGUGCAAGAUCCUCACCAGCCGCCUGACGUUCGACUUCCGCUUCCCUGAGAUCGGCAGCCGAUUCUCGUCCCAGUCAAUGCUGCCCAUUUGGCCAAAUAGCGAUCCGCUGGAGCUGCAGGCGAAGCACUGGCGCGUGGCCCUGGUGACUACCCCUGUGGUGACUUGCCGUAAUGAUACGGGCUCCAACAUCUCUGCCCACUCUGUGUCUCUGGCAGACGUGUUUUGCAUGCAGUGA